UCAGCCACUUUUCUGCUCUGCUCGCCACGGCGUAAGCGCGAGGAUGUGAACACGUGACACAACCACAAAGUGUUGCGAAGGCGAGACCGCGUCAAUUCUCGUCGCAGCAGGAGGACUCCAGCCGGGGCCCACGUGUGGGCAGAGUGGGUCUGGGGGCCCACGCGUGGGCAGGUUGCAGCCGCCGAGCUGGCGUAAGGUCAAGAAUCAACCGGCGACAAGUCAAGAGUGUCAGCGGCCUCGCUAAGUGUGGUGUGGCUGAUGGCUGGCCGGCUGCUCAAGCUGUCCUCUUUGGCCACGGCGGUCUUUGCCUCUUCUGGACUUUACAUCUACAACACACAACUGGAUUUCAAUGACCUGAGUUUGAUUCGCUUCGGACGAGCUGCUGCUGUUACGGCUGUCAUCAGCUAUGACUACCUCACUGCUUUCAGACACAUGGAACAUGGCUCAGACGAGUAUUGGGCCCUCAAGUCCAAGGUACAUCGGCGUUCAGCAGAGCGUCUUCGAGAUCUGUGCUGCGCCAACCGGGGAACCUUCAUCAAGGUCGGCCAGCAUCUGGGCGCUCUGGACUACCUCCUUCCAGAGGAGUACACCACCACGCUCAAGGUCCUCCACAGCCAGGCUCCUCAGAGCAGCAAGGAAGAGAUCCAGCAGGUCAUCCGAGAGGACCUCGGCAAGGAGCUGUCAGAGUUAUUUGUUUGCUUUGAUGAGAAGCCUCAGGGAGCCGCCUCCCUCGCCCAGGUCCAUAAAGCAGUACUGCAUGAUGGGAGGACAGUGGCUGUAAAGGUCCAACACCCCAAAGUCCAAAGACAAAGCUCCAAAGAUAUAUUGGUGAUGGAGGUGUUGCUCAGAGCUGUCCACUGGCUCUUUCCAGAUUUUGCCUUCAUGUGGUUGGUGGAAGAAGCCAAGAAAAACAUGCCUUUGGAGCUGGACUUCCUUAACGAAGGACAUAAUUCAGAGAUUGUGUCAAACAUGCUGGCCCACUUCCCCUUUCUGAAGGUUCCUGUGAUCCACUGGGACUUGUCCACCAAGAGAAUUCUCACCAUGGAGUUUGCUGAGGGAGGUCAGGUCAACGACAGAGAGUACAUGAAAGCACAUGGCAUCGACGUCAACGAGAUUUCAGAAAAUCUGGGGAAAAUGUACAGUGAAAUGGUCUUCCUCCAGGGCUUUGUCCACUGUGACCCCCACCCUGGAAACGUGCUGGUCCGAAAAUGCCCCAAAACCAAGAAGACGGAGAUUGUUCUUCUCGACCACGGCCUUUAUCAGGUGCUACAGCCAGACUUCCGGAUGAACUACUGUCGCCUAUGGCAGGCUCUUAUUCGUCGAGACAUGACUGGUGUGGAGCGUUACAGUCGCAAACUGGGAGCUGGAGAGCUCUAUCCUCUGUUUGCUUGUAUACUCACUGCCCGGUCCUGGACCGCCGUCAAUUCUGGCAUCAGCUCUGUGCCCAUCACAUCGUCUGAGGAUGUUGAAAUUCGGACCAACGCCGCCCUGUACCUGCCUCAGAUCAGCCACCUGCUGAACCGACUCCCUCGACAGAUGUUGCUGCUGUUGAAGACCAACGACCUGCUGAGGGGGAUAGAGACCACCUUACACACCAGAGCAUCCUCGUCCUCUUUCAUCAACAUGUCACGCUGCUGCAUACGAGCCCUGGCCAGACACAAAAGGAGUAAGACUCAGUCCCGGAGGAAACGUCUGCAGAUCACCUUGACGGAGUCCUUCAACCUCUGGCGACUCAGCGCCUACCAAUUGUUCCUGUGGUUGAAGAGCUCACUGUUGGGACGAAGCCUCUGCACUCUGCAUGGACUCCUACACUGAGACAAAGCACACUGGUACGUAAGACGCACCCAUGGGGACAGCGCGGUGCGGUUGGGAGAGUGGCCGUGCCAGCAACCUGUCGGUUCCUGGUUCUAUCCGCAGCUUCUACCAACCUAGUCACAUCCGUUGUGUCCUUGAGCAAGACACUUCACCCUUGCUCCUGAUGGGUCAUGGUUAGAGCCUUGCAUGGCAGCUCCCACCAUCAGUGUGUGAAUGGGUGAAUGUGGAACCAAGUUAGGAGAGACACAUUUUCUUGACCUGACCUCCUCCAGGAACUGCAGUCCUGUGUAAUGACGCUCGCUUGUAAUAAAGCACAUUUUCACCAUCGACUUCACUUCUCAGGCAGCACGGUGAAAGAGGGGUUAGUGCAUCUGCCUCACCACACAAAAGUCCUGAGUAGUCCUGAGUAGUCCUGGGUUCAGUCCUGGACUUUGCAUGUUCUCCCCGUGACUGUGAGGGUUCUCUCUGGGUACUCCGCUUCCUCCCACCUCCAAAGACAUGCACCUGGGGAUAGGCCCCUCCCACCUCCAAGGACAUGCACCCGGGGAUAGGCCCCUCCCACCUCCAAAGACAUGCACCUGGAGAUAGGCCCCUCCCACCUCCAAAGACAUGCACCUGGGGAUAGGCCCC